AUGAUGAAACUGGGAGAGGUAUUACCCCUUUUGGUUGUUUUGCUGCCUUUGCAUUUCCGAGCCAGUGCUCUGAGGCUGCAGCCAUCUGAUUUUCCCAAGCAGAUACACUUGAAAGCUGGUACAUUCCAUGCACCACCCAUGAUGUCAAUUGAAGAAGACCCGCAGAGCGGAAACUUGACCUUCACAGGGUUUCAACCUGAUCUGCUUAAAAAACUAAGAGAAUACGCUGCGAUUGAUGGAGUGGACCUGAAGAUCGAGCUAGUUCUUGCACCUUCUCGGUAUGACCUUGCCUUCAACCUCAUUGCAAAUGAUUGCAACAGCACGGACAAUCCCAAUUCCUUGGAAGAUUGCGAGAAACUUGAUAUGCUUGUCAGCGACUACUGGAGCAACCCUCAGCGGUACAUGAGGGCGGAGUUUACACCGUCUUGGAUGAGAUCGACUGUGACAACCGUCAAGUACAUUGAGAAACCGGAAGGCAGCCAGGAUUUCACCACUCUAUCAGACUCAGAACAGGCGGGAGCCGCGGUCUGUGUCCCUGUGGGAGCCUACAUGUCUUUUGUGCGAGAAAAAUUUCCAGGAAACCAGUACAUUGAUUGUGGUGCUUCUGGGGGCAACUGUGUCGAACUCCUCAAGAAAGGGGAUUGCGUCCUCUAUGCUCAUGACGAGUUGUUGCUACACUUCACUGCCUUGACUGACGCCUCUUUGGAAUUGACGCGUGAAAACUUCAAUACACAAUAUAUAGCUUGGCCAAUGAAAGGAGACUUGCCCCCGGAUGUGUCGAGACUGCUGAAGAAAUGGAUGUAUCGUGCAGUUCAAACAGCUGCCUUGGACGAGCUCUACUUCAAAUACUACAAACGAGAGCGAUGCCCAAUUGGCACAGCAGGAAAUGAGUGUGAGCUGCCCUGCGACCCUGAUCACGGUACCCCUGAUGACAGAGGCAAGUGUGUCUGCGAGUCUGCCAAAUGGACUGGGGACGACUGCUCCAGUGAGGUCCCAGAAGAAUUGAACAUGCUACCCUCCAGCAUUGUCCAUUUUGCCUAUGGAUUGGCUUCGAUCAACUUUGUAUUGGUGUCAUUGUGUGGUCUUUGGCUAUUUCGGAAUCGAACAAGGUCGCAAGUAAAGAUCAGUCAGCCCCUUUUCCUCGUGAUAAUUUUGGGAGGAUGCCUCAUCAGUACAUCCACAAUAUUUGCCAUGGCCCAGCAAUCAGCAGGAGAUGGACCAGUCAUUGCAUGCUCAAUCAUUCCUUGGGCCUAUUCUGUGGGCUUCUCUUUGACCUUCGGGGCCCUGUUUGCACGUGUUCGCAGGAUAUACCAACUUUUGAAUUCCGCCCUGAGAAUGAAACGUGUGGAAGUUUCCACAAAGGAUACACUGAUGACAGUAGCACUGGUUUUGCUCAUAGACGUCGCAGUGCUCACAGUGUGGACCAUUGUCAGUCCACUGGAAUGGCAAAGAAACGUCACUAAUGUCUCGGUGCUGGGCGAGCCCCUGAGCUCCAAGGGAUACUGUGUUUCAGAAUACUGGGAGGUUUUCGCCGGUCUGAUCGCUUGCUUCCAUUGCAUUGUCAUGGCAGUGGCUUGCUACAUGUGUUACCUGGCUCGCAGGAUCCCGGAAAGAAUCUCCAAUGGAAAAAUGGUAGCAAUCUCUUGUCAGUAA